AUGGAAAUGGCAGAAAAUAGGAUUAAGACCAUCUUGCUGUUUGUGUGUCUACUGCUCUGCAUUGAGGUAGCACAGUCUGGACUCAUCAUUAAUCUGGACAAUGGAGAAUUAUGUCUACAAAGUGCACAGUGUAACAGUGGCUGUUGUCACAGAGAGAGUGGUUUGAGCCUUGCUAGAUGUGCCCCAAAAGCAGCAGAAACUCAGAAAUGUUCCCCUUUGCAUCUUUAUGGGGUCUACUAUUACUGCCGAUGUGAAAGUGGGCUUACAUGUGAAGUGGACAGAUCUAUAGUCGGGACCAUCACAAACACUGAUUUUGGACAAUGCAAGGACCCAAAUGAUCUAUAUAAAUUAAUCUAA